UAUAAUUGACUCUCACUCCAAAAGCAGGUAAGGGGAAAAAUCACUUUUUGAGCUAUAGCUGUUUAUAUCAUCUCCUUCCUCCAUUUGCAUACUGUGUCUAAUCAUAAUCAGCCAUGGCGGACGCUAUAGUCUUAUACCCAUCUCCUCCGAUAGGUCAUUUAGUCUCCAUGCUCGAACUCGGAAAACUCAUACUCACUCACCAACCUUCACUCGUCAUCCACGUACUCGUCGCCACCCCACCUUACCGAGCUGAUUCAACAGCUCCAUACAUCACUUCUUUCUCUGCAACUUUCCCUUCCAUCAUCUUCCACCACCUUCCUCCGGUCACCCUCUCGCCCUCCCUCGCGCCUCGCCAUCACGAAACUCUCACUUUCGAAACCCUCCGUCUGAACAAUCCUAACGUCCACCAAACCCUUCUCUCCAUCUCCCAGAAUUUUACAGUCCAUGCUUUGAUCAUCGAUUUCUUCUGCACUGUAGUUCGUUCCGUGGCUUCUGAUCUCAACGUCCCUGCUUACUAUUUCUUCACUUCUGGUGCUGGGUGUCUCGCUUCCUUCCUUUACCUACCAACUCUCCAUAAAAACACAGACAAAAGCUUCCAGGAUAUGGGUAAUACCCUUGUCGAAAUCCCCGGUUUACCGCCUAUUCCAGCUAAAGACCUGGCCAAGCCUAUGCUUGAUCGAAAUGACGAAGUUUACCAACAUUUUCUCUACAUGGCAACCCAACUCCCGACUUCUUCAGGAAUUAUAAUAAACACGUUUGACCAGCUCGAGCCGAGAGCUAUCCAAGCUUUAACAAGGGGGCUCUGUGUGCCUGAUGGCUCCACGGCGCCAAUUUAUUGUAUCGGCCCAUUGAUUUCUUCUGGAGAAGGUAGACAUGGCCGGGAUGAGGCUGCGCAUGAAUGCUUGACUUGGCUCGAUUCUCAGCCUAAACAGAGUGUUGUCUUCUUGUGUUUUGGUAGCUUAGGAUUAUUCUCCAAGAAUCAGUUGCAUGAAAUCGCCGUCGGGUUAGAGAAGAGCGGCCAGAGAUUCCUGUGGGUGGUGAGAAAUCCGCCGGUCUCUGAUGAUCAGAAUGUUGACAUUACAAAAUUAACCGACCCGGAUUUGAAUUCAUUGCUUCCAGACGGGUUUCUCGGUCGAACCAGAGAGCGAGGAAUGAUAGUCAAGUCAUGGGCCCCGCAGAAAGCAGUGCUGAGUCACCAAUCGGUCGGUGGGUUUGUGAGUCAUUGCGGGUGGAACUCGGUGCUUGAGGCGAUUUGCUCUGGGGUUCCAUUGCUGGCGUGGCCGCUUUAUGCAGAACAAAGAUUAAACAGAGUACUGUUGGUUGAGGAAAUGAAGAUUGCUUUGCCAAUGGUGGAGUCUGAGAACGGGUUUGUGAGUUCAGUGGAGGUGGAGAAGCGAGUUAGAGAAUUAAUGGAAUGCAAGGAAGGUGAGUUUGUUAGAGAACGAGUUGAGGCCAUGAAAGCUGCAGCUAAAGAAGCAAUGAGCUUGCAUGGUUCGUCCUGUGUCGCGCUGAGCAAACUCAUUGGGUUGUGGAAGAAGAAAUGAAAUGAUGUACACUUAUCCAUACCUUCUGAGCUCAGACAUAUAUCGUGUACUUUAUAUAUGCGAAGGGUAUGGCCUUCAAUCAAUAACAUAACUGGCCGCGAGAAUUUAAUUUA